AUGCUUUCCUAUCAAAAUGUUGCUCAAAAUGAAUAUCAGAAAGAGAAGACCAUCCCCUCACCCAACCCUCUCUCCAGACCUAAAGACAAUAAUACAAAUUAAUAACCGACUCCAGUUCCACAACCUUUCAAUACAUUGCUCCCAACCAAUCUUCUACAUCCCCAGACAAUAGAGAAUGACAAACAAUCGUAAGUUUUUCCUUCUCAUUUAGAAUUAAAUCCAACCCAACCCCUAAGGAAUAAUCAUAUAAGUCAAAUUACAAUAUCGACUAAAUCAAUCCCCAAGAGCAGGCACUUCUGGAAAAGCAACAAUCACUCAGGGAAGAGGGUGAAGACUUAAAGUAACGCAAUUAUCCUACCUAGAUCACAAUUGAGGAAGUUAUAGAAUGAGAAUUCACAACUCAAAAAAGUUAUCGACUAACUCCAAUCUGAAUUAUAAUCGGUUAAAAACCAAAAGUCGAUUGAACAAGAUCUCAAAGCCAAAUUCGAUUAUUAGGAAGAAAUGAUUCUAAAGUUGAAAUCCGAAGUUCGCAGAAAAUAAGAGGCUCUCCAAGAGAACCAAUAUAAGUUGGGAGACUUAGACAGAAUCUAGAAGAAGUUGGAAGAUUACAAUUUCCUAACCUCCAAAUAAAAUGAACUAAACAAAUAAAUCAAAGAUCUCCAAGAUUAGGUCUCAGAUUAGAAAAGACAACUAGUCUAUCUCAAUUCUGUUGAACAUGAAAAUACCAAUCUAAAGGGAUUCAUUGAAACCUACAAAUAGCAAUUGAGAGAAAAGGAUCUAAAAAUUGAAUAGCAAAGAGAAUAAUAGGAACAAUUGUACACUGACAAUAAAAAGAUGAAAGCAACCUUGGAUAUGUUAAAUUUUGAACUCAAAAAACAAUAAGAAAAUUCUAAGGAUCAAUCACAUAGAGCAACCAUUCAAAUCACAGAACUCCAAGGAUAAGUGAAUUCUUUAUAGAAGUCACUUGCUAAUCAAACCCAUCAGUUUGAAUUAUAAAAAUAAUAGGUCAAAUAACUAGAAAAUAAAGAGAAGGAACUCUAUAGUACUAAAAAUUAAAAUCUAUUCAAAAUCUAAACUAAUAGAAUUUACUAUGUAACUUAUUGCUCUAUAAUUUAAUUAGAACAACAAGACAUUGAAAAACUAUCCAUGACCUUAAAGAAUGGCAAAUAGGAAUUUCUAAAUUAAUAAUAGAAGUUAGCCAAUGCCGAACUAGAAAUCAAGAAAUAAUCUGAUCAACUUCAACAAUUGCAAAAAUACAAGGAUCAAUUAGUCCAUUAAUGUUAAUUCCUCGAUUAAGAAUUGAAGAAGAAACAAGGAAAUUUAGACUAAAGCAUAGCUUUAGCUCAGCAUAAAUAGAUUGAAAUGAAGACCAUCCAGGAUCAACAAUAAAAUUAACUUUAAUUUCUGGAAGGCGAAUUAUAAAAAAGAGAUUCUAUCAUUUUUACAUUAGACUAAUAGAAUUUAGCUUUAAAAUCCUAACUUGAAUAAUAUUCAUAGGCUGACUCUGUAAAUAAGAAUGAGUUGAAUAGUAAUUUUGCUAAAAUGAGAGAAAUGCAUAAUGAUCUAAUUUUAUAUGAAAAAUAGGUUAAUUCUUUAAAUAUGGAAAACCAUUAAAUCAAGUUGUAAAGCUAGAUGCUGUAAGAUAGAAACAAUUAACUGGAAUUUGAAGUUACAAAAUUAAGAGAAUAAUCAAUCUAAUAGGACAAUAGAGUAAGAAAUUUAGAGAAUGAAUUACACAGCUAAUCAUUCAAUCAAAAGCUCAAUACAGUAAGAAUGCCUUACACUUCAGAUUAGCUUUUUCCGAAUUAAUAACAGUUCUCUUCAUCGAAUAUACCUAUGGGUUCUUUUAAUCAAUAAUUUAAUUUGUAUAAAUGA